UAUUUAUUCAAUUGUGAACCCAAUUGCGUACCUUACUAGAUCUAGAUUAUAGUUAUAUCAAUAUAUCUAUUAUCUUAUUAGCUAGCCAAGAGUGAGACUUGAGCCAAGAGAGAUGUUUUCUUUUUACUCUCAUUCGUAACUAGCGAUGGUUUUGUUUAAAGAUGGCGAAUCUUUUUAACGGUGAACAAAAUAACCAGAAUGCAUCCGAAUCAGUCCAAGCAAAUUUGGAAGGAUUUGUCGCAAAUCAGAUUAGACAACAAGAGAAAAGUGCCAAAGAAGAUGAUAACUUAGAUAAAGAGAAAAGGGAUCAAUUCAUUGCCAGAGCACUGGCUGUGAGCAAAAGAAUGAACAAAGAAAUUGCCAAAGCCCAAGAAAAAAGCAUUCUAUUGAACGAAGAGUUUGGUAAUGGCAGAAUUACAGAAUGGAGAAAUGAACAUGCUGAGGAAGUCCUGUCAAAGCAGCAGCAAGAACCUAUGGAAUAGGCUUGUUAAGGAUAUUGUCAGCCCUGAGCUCAACUCAAUGACUGCGUUUAAACCCUCUGACUGAGUUAUUUAGUCUUUAUUUGUAUUGGUUAAUUAUUUCUGUUUCUUGAUAAACAUCUUAUCCUCAAAAGGUAUUAACAGGUACCGGGUUGAAGCAUUUUUAUGCCCUGUUAAUUUUGCAAUGAUUUCCAUUUAGCUUAAAGAACGUACAUGUCUCCGACAUUCACAUAAAAUUAUUGCUUUAUUGUUAGCAGUUGCAUCAUUUGCUUACCAAAUGUAAAUAACAUUUUUGUUUUUAACAUUCAAUAUAUAUAUAUAUAUAUAUAUAUAUAUAUAGAGAGAGAGAGAGAGAGAGAUAGUAUUUUUUGUAAAUAGAAUGAAUGCACUUUAAAUGUCCAGCAAAAUUAGAAUGUUGACUGAAUCAGGUGAAUAUAUAUAUAUACAUAUACACAUGUAUAUAUCAUGUAAUAAUAAAUGAGUGUGUGUUUUUAUUUUAUUAAUGCAUUUAUGAAUAUACACAGUGUUGACAUGAUGUAUAUUGCUAUGCGAUCCAAUUUUCUGGAAACAAAAUGUGCUAUUCAAACAAAUGACUAAAAUUUAGUACAAUAUUGCUUUAGUAAUAUCUAACAUAUUUCUGACAGAAAUUAAGAGAAGCAUCUUCUUAUUACAAUUAGUAUAACUGCCAAAUUAUGUUGUUGUUUUUUUUUAUUUUAUUUUAACAUAUUUUAAAUAAAAUGAUAACUUUA